UUUAAUUAUUUAUUUAAAACUCACAGAGCAACUAACGAAACAUUUUAAGGUCAGUACAAAAAGGUACAAACCCAGUGGAAACGAUAGAAUUAGCUAUUUUUGCAAAAAGUAAUCACCUGUCGGGUAUCUACAUAGGAAUCGCGACAAAGGCUUCAUGUCAUAAUAGCGCGCGAAAUAAUCAGACAGGCCGGAGCAGGUUAUGCUCAUGUCCUCGGAAAAGUCAACGUCUUCUGCAGAGUAAAAAAACAAUAAUAUUUAAUAGCUUAUAAACAGUUUUCAACAAUGAAGUGCACGAUUCCGGAGAUCUCCUGGCACAAUCGUGACCCAGUGUUGAGUAUCGACAUUCAGCCGUCACCUAAAAAGCCCCGGGACCCAGAAGAGGAUCCCUUUUGGCGUAUGGCAACCGGUGGGGCUGACACCCAUGUUCUCAUCUGGCACCUGAGGGUGAACCAGGUCGGGGCCGCCUCUGUAUCCUGUGUGACCGAUCUCGAUCGUCAUCAGAAGGCUGUCAAUGUUGUGAGGUUCUCACCUUCAGGAGAAGUUCUGGCAACUGGAGACGAUGAGUCUGCGAUCAUUCUGUGGAAGCAGAAGGAGGACCUCGGGAUGACCCUCGAGCCUCCCCCAUCCGACGAUGGGAAUUUCCAGAACAGAGAGCAGUGGACGGUCUGGAAGAUUCUCAGAGGUCACCUCGAGGAUAUUUACGACAUCUCCUGGUCCCCUGACUCGAGUUUCAUGGUGUCAGGAUCAGUGGACAACAGUGCAAUCGUCUGGGAUGUGCAGAAGGGUCGAAGCACGAAUAUUCUGCAGGAUUCCAAAGGAUUUGUCCAAGGGGUGUCCUGGGAUCCCUUGAAUCAGUUCAUCACAACUUUGAGCACUGACAGGCACUGCAGACUGAUCGACAUCAAAACCAUGAGGACUGUCCAGAGGGUCCACAAGGCAGUGAUACCCACGCCCCCUGGGCAUCCCCUGGAGGGCCAGACUGUUCGACUCUUCCAUGACGAUACCUUCAAGUCGUUCUUCAGGAGGCUGACGUUCAGCUUCGAUGGGUCUCUCAUCAUCGCCCCCUCCGGUAUCAUUGAGCCUCAGGACUCAACCCAGAGGUUCUCCAAUGCCACGAUUGUGUUCUCCAGGCACAGCCUCAAGGAGCCCAUUCUCAUUCUGCCGUCGAUGGACGAGAGUACAAUCGCCGUCAGGUGCUGUCCAAUUUAUUUUCAACUAAGGGAGGACGGACCUGCUGCUGUUUUUGCCCUUCCGUACAGAAUGAUCUUCGCGGUGGCUACACAAAAGUCAGUAUUUAUUUACGAUACCCAGCAGAUUGCACCAGUGGCUGUCGUCUCGAAUAUUCAUUAUACGAGGCUCACGGAUCUUGCUUGGUCUUCAGAUGGAAGGUUGCUCAUAGUAUCAUCAACAGACGGUUAUUGCUCGAUAAUUCACUUCCAGGAAGGAGAACUAGGAAAAAUCUAUACAGGAGACAAAACCAUCACAGCAAAGGCUCCAGUUCUCGUUGGGAAAUCCACAGAUGGAAAAUCAACUCCAAAAGGCUCACCCACGACAAAACCCACAGAAAUUCUCACAGAUUUUGAUGCAGACGCUAUGGACAUUGACAUCACAGAGAAAAGAUCCACCUCCCAGAAGCCAGAAGUCAUGCUAAUUGAGGAUAACAGGAAUUCAUCUGUAAUUGAAGAGACUGAGGACAUAAAAUUGGUUUUUGAAGUCAGCACGAGUGACGAUCCUUCAAUUGAAGAAUCAGCAAAACUUGCUCCACAAAAAUCUGAAGCUGAGAAAAACGUCACGAAGAAAACAUCCCCUAAUGUAGAUGUCAUCCCUGUACUGUCCGCGAAAACCCCGAGACGAGUUCAACUGAUCACAUUAUCGAGUCCUAAACGCCCUAGAGAUAAUCUGUAAAUAUUUCCAUGAAUAUUUUUCUAUUAAAAUGUAUCUGAUACUUUUUUAUAUUUGAGAGAAACUAUUGUUGCCUUAAAAAAACCUCACGAAUUAAAAAAAAUCUCAAAGUUGAUCAAUUUUUAUUGGGGGGCCGCAUUCUCCCAUUUUAUUCCUCAAGUAUCUCAGACUUAAUUAUUUCGUAGAGGUGAAAUGUACUUUUUAUAAUGAAGGUAUUAAAAUACUAAGAAAUUGUCGGUGAAUACUUACAGAAUAUUUUACAGAGCUUUUUCAAAACUAACUAUGAAUUCAAUGACAAUUUUUCAAAAAUCCAUUUUUUAUUUACGAAUUUACGGAGUCAAAUGAUUACUCAACAGUUAAGGAAAAGCUCCAGAUUAUAAUCGAUAUUAAAAAAAUUAGAUAACCGCAGAAUUUAAUUAGCUGCGAUUUUUUAAGAAUUGAUUCAGAGAUUGAACCUUUUGUCAUGAAAAUAUGAUGACACGUGAUAGAAGGCCAACCUGAUAAUAUUUUACGCUGAGGUGAGACAAAACAUCAUGACGUUUUUUUAAAACUUUAUUUUAAUGUAUAAAACACAGGGAUACAUGUGAUGUAUGUAAAAAUAGAAGAAAAAUAUCAGCACCUAGUUCCUCUUCGAGAAGAACUUCUUCUUGUCCACUGGGUUUGGAAUAAUCUGGAAGAACGAUGUUUUGUAUUUUGUCAUGAGACCAGAUAUUGACAAACAUUGAGAGAGAAUAAAUAAAUAUUAAAUUUUUUUUGUA